CCUACAAUUUUUAGCUUAAAUCUUCUUUUUCCUGAAAGGAGCUAUGGAAAUAACAUUUCCAAGUCGAGGGAUUGAGAAUUUUGGUUGUUUUAGAAGCCUGAUAAUGAGUUUCCCAAGAAAAUCAUGGCCAAAGGUGGUUGAUUUGUGGAGAAAAAUAGCAAAACUUGGAAAGGACGAUCCAAGGAGGAUCAUCCAUUCCCUAAAAGCAGGAUUGGCUCUUAUUCUUGUUUUGUUAUUAUACUAUUUGGAUCCAGUUUAUGAUAGUUUUGGCGCUAAUGCUAUAUGGGCAAUUAUAACAGUAAUCAUUAUGAUUGAAUUUUCUGUGGGAGCAACUAUUGGAAAAGGCUUGAACAGAACUUUAGCUACGUUGGUAGCCUGUGCUCUAGGUUUUGGAGCUCAUUCCUUAGCUUCUCUUUCUGGAGAAACCGGGAAGCCCAUACUAAUUGCCAUUUUCAUCUUUAUAAUAGCUGCAGCAGUGUCAUUCACAAGAUUUUUCCCAGGAUCGCAGGCAAGAUAUGAUCAUGGACUUGUGGUGUUCAUUUUGACAUUCUCUUUGAUAUUGAUAUCGGGUUAUAGAGAGGAAGAGAUUUUAAAAAUGGCCAAGGAAAGAAUAUUGACAAUCCUUAUAGGUGCCUGCAUCGUCGUUCUUGUAACUACUUGCAUUUGUCCAGUCUGGAUGGGCGAGGAUCUUCACAGUCUAGUUGCUGGCAACUUGGAUAAACUUGGGACCUUUCUGGAAGGAUUUGGACGUGAAUACUUCAAAGUUUAUGAAGAUGGGAAGCUCAAAGACGGUAAUUCAUUACACCAAGGAUACAAGACUGUUCUAACCUCUAAAUGCAAUGAAGAAAUCAUGGUCAAUUUAGCUCGGUGGGAACCAGCGCAUGGUCGUUUCAGAUGCGGCCAUCCAUGGAAACAGUACGCAAAAAUUGGAACUUUGGCACGACAAUGUGCCUACAAGAUUCAAGAUCUUAACAGCCUGCUUAUGAACUCUGCGAUCCAAAAUCCUUCAGAUAUACGAAGAAAAAUUCAAGAGCCUUGCAGGCAAAUCAGCUCCGAAUGUGGAAAAGCUCUCAAGGAAUUAGCAUCAUCAAUAGUUGAAAUGACGAGGACAAAUUUGGAUGCUUGCCAUAUCGCAAACUCAAAACUUGCAGCUGAAAACCUCAAAUCCAUUGUCAAGAAAGGGCAGUGGGGAGAAUCAGAUCUCCUGUAUGUAAUACCAACAGCUGCUUUAGCAUCACUUCUGUUGGAGGUCAUUGAAUGUACUGAGAAAGUUGCUGAGGCUGUGCAUGAAUUGGCUUUAUUGGCAGGUUUCAGGAGCAUGGAAAUUAUAGUGCUAACAGAAUCUAUCAGCCAAAUUAAUCCUGCCAACGUAGAGAGUCAUGAAAUCACCAUAAGGGAGUGAUUUAAUAUGAAAACUUGUAGGUCAGGCUGAAUAAGAUCAGGGAAGCGGGGAUGCCGCUGUUCAUGCUUUUGUAUAUGAUGACUCAAAUUCUAAUAGUCGUCACAUUAUGCGGUUAUUAUUCUUAUAUUAAUUUCGCCUGUGACGUGGGUUACCCGCUUAACUUUUUAUU